CUUACCUGACAACGAGGUGGCCAUUAUCGGUCUUUAUACGAUUUUUUCAACUUUAUACAUUUCUGUAUCCAAAAUCUGGAAUUCACACACUUUUUCAAUUGAACACAAAAAUAUUAAACUGAUAUUGUUAUUGCACUUGUUCUGCCGUCUUGUGAGAUACAUAAUUGUUACUUUUUUGUGCAGUUCCGUGUGUUCUUUGUGUCAAAAUUUGUAAGGAAAAAGAGUGCAUCCUUGUUACUCUACAACUGCUGUCACGACAGACACCAUAGUCACCCGAACAGCUGACCAGGCCCACUCAGGACACCAGAGGCAUCUUGAAGAAAACUGCAUUUUUCUUUGGAGCAGCUAGAGUGAGAAAAAUACUGAUACGACGAUUCGGGACUAGAAGCAAUAUUGGAUUACAUGCUAAACAAAAAAUGUUACCAAGUAUAUGUGGAUAAUAAUAAUAUUAAGUACUUAAAGAACGCUACAAAUGAAAUCAAUUGAAAGUGACGGACAUUUUUCCACAAAAAGUUAGCAAAAAUCUUUUAAUUUGUGUAUAAAAAGUGCAAAGAGUACAAAGCCCAUUGGCCGGUAAAAAGACUGCAAUAAAAAGCAAAACCAAAUAGUAAAACAAGUGAAAUUAACACACUCACAAAAAUGCAGCAAAAAUUUUAAAAAUUUUAAGUGCAAAUAACCACAAAGGAAUAAGCAGUAACACGUGAAGGAGUUGAAACUGACGAAGUGCUACUGCCAGAUAAAAUAUACGGAAAAUUGUGCUACAACAAUUCUCGCGUCCAUCAUACAAAAAAAAACUAACGCCCGACAUUACACUGUCGCAAAAUUUUAAAAUCUUUUAAUUAAACACAAUAUCUCAGAAAACUACAAAAUGAUGUGGGACACAAUUGCCGAAGAAACCAACGGAGAAAUGGCUAUGGAAUUUGCAAGCUGUCAAAUGCCACACGACUCGAAUACAGUCGCAGCCGCUGCCAGCAGUAAUGGAGCUACACGUCAACGCCAGCCCCGGAAUAUUUUGAGCAGCCCGAUUAAUGAUAUGGUAGUCGACCAUCAACUGUCAUUUUAUGGCGAUGAGGAAAAUGUUGAAGAACCAAAUCAGAGUUCGAACGUUUUCGAUUUGCCACAACAGAUGGGUUUGCUGUCACCUGAAGGAUCGCCUUGUCGUUUCCAAAUAUUACAACAACCAAGCGUACCGAAAUAUAAUCAAGAAGCUAACGGUCAGAAUGGUGGUCGUCAACGCCAGUCAUUCGUAAAUCGCCUACAGAAGCUACAACAUAACAUUGCCGCCAAUGGUAGUACUCGCACACCGACACCACCGAAAAGUUUGCGCAUUUUCCACAGUUUGUCAUCUGGUUCGAUGGGGUCUUCGUCCAUGGAAGAAGAUUACAUGGAUCUCUUUGAAAUGGAAUCACUUGGUAAUUCAAUGAUGCCAUCAAAUAACAUGCCAAAAAUUCCCAGCGAUCUAGAUUCGUUGUUUGUCGGACAAAUCAAGAAUAUAUUAUCACCUGCCCACCGUACCGUCGAACAGCCACAGUUGUUCGAACCAUUGAGAACACCUGAGAUGCGCCGUCCACCAGUGCGGCGUUGCCUAAGCAUGACUGACAAUUGUCUACCCAAGACGCCAGAGACGCUGCUUAAACAAGUGCAAGAAAUUGCUACCAGUCCUUAUGGCGUUAAGCUGCUAACAACGGAACGCAACCAGAAUGCCAUUAGCGGUUGUUUCAAACGUCCCGAUCCACCAUCGAAGACCAACUCGCCGGUACUUAUUAAGCGUUACCGCAUUGAAGCCGAAAAGGAGAAUCUCGACGACUCUCUAACAAUGUCACUACCAGCACUGCCAGCGCCUCAACCCAAACUCAGCCAUCCACCACCAUUGCGCAAGAGCAUGUCGAUGAAUGAUGCCGAAAUCAUGUCGGCGCUUGCACGUUCGGAGAACAAGGACGAACCAGAUCUCAUCGGUGAUUUCAGCAAACCCUAUGUACUACCACUAAUGGAUGGUCGACAUCGCGAUUUGAAAUCAAUCUCCUGUGACACAAUGGCACGCUUGGUGCGCGGCGAAUUCAGCAAUGUUGUGGCCAACUAUCGCAUCAUCGAUUGUCGCUAUCCAUACGAAUUCGAAGGUGGCCACAUACGCGGCGCUCAAAAUCUGUACACGCACGAGCAGAUACUCGAGGAGUUCCUCACGCAACAAAAGACUGAAAUGGAACAGCGUAAAGCAACCAAUGAUCAUCGUCGCAAUAUCAUUAUUUUCCAUUGUGAAUUCUCAUCAGAGCGUGGCCCGAAAUUGUCGCGCUUCUUGCGCAGCACCGAUCGUGAACGCAAUACCAAUUGCUAUCCGUCACUCGACUACCCCGAGAUCUAUCUGCUACACAAUGGCUACAAAGAAUUCUACGAACAUCAUUCGGAGCUGUGUGAUCCGACUGAUUACCGCCCCAUGUUGGAGCCAGCGUACAACAGCGCGUAUCGUCAUUUCCGCUCCAAGACAAAGUCCUGGAACGGCGACAGCGGUUUGGGCGGUGCUACAGGACGCCUAAAGAAAUCGCGCUCACGGCUAAUGUUGUAAGGCGAUGCGUGCAAGCGGCAGCAGCAACAGUGCAGCAAAUGAGUCAAAUCACUAUACGCUUGUUUAACCAACGCCACAGCUUUAGUUAGUAUGAAAAAAAAAAAUUUUCAUACAGAAGCUGAGCGGCAGGCGGGCGCGCAUGCGGUCGACGUUAAAUAAAACAUCAGCAGCAACUAAUAAGGCUGCGAAUUUGACAAGGAGUGCGGUUGGAGGGAGUACAAAUUCACGAUUGCAGUACAAAUUCAAACGGCCAGCUUUAACUAACGCUAAACUACAAAAACAAAAGAAAAAAACAUUCACCCACAACAGUUUCAACACCAACUUUUGCAGUUGGGCUCCCAAUGCCAACACCCAACAGAGUUUUGGGACAGGCACACAUACACUCGCACUCAUACUACACAAACACACAUGUAUAUAUACACAUGCAUUAGCAAAAUCACAACGCACAAACACACCACUUUCAUCAAAUUUACAUUCAAUUUGUUUUUGUUGAAUUUUUUAUUCGAUGUUUUAUGUCCAAUUUGGAUUUUAUUUUAUAGAAACGUUUUAUGUGUAUGUAUGUACUACAAAACCACAAAAAAAAAACAAAGCAAAACAUAAUUUGCAAGCUCGUUUAUGCAUAGACUGCAUGCGAGUGCUUAUGCAUGUGUGUGUGCGUGUGUGUAUGCAUGCGCGUAUACUAUUGUACAUAUAUUCAUAUGUAAGUGUAAGAAAGGACACUUUCAAGGCUACUAAGUCACUGGGGAUCGAGUCAAUGCCAUGUACCGCUGUGUGAGCGCCUGUGUUAGCGCCUCCAUGUAAAUAAUGUGUAUGUAUGUAUUUAUAUGUAUGAGUUAAGCAUAACGCAACGUUUGUAAAAAAAUGCUUAAAAUAUUUAAUUUAUUUGCUAUGAAUAGCUUUAGUUAGCUUAAUUUAAUUUGCCUAGUUAUAUAUGUAUGUGAAGAGGCGCUACCAAACACAGCACGCGCAACACACGCACAAACAAACGUGCGCCGCAUAACUCACCCAUUGUAAAUUAUAAUAAUAAAUUUUUGUAUGCACAAAAGCACCCUUAAUUUAUUUAGUUACAAAAGUAUAAAAUAAAAUACAAAUGUAAUAUAUUUUCUUAGUGAAUUUCAUGCGUAAAUAAUUCAUAGUAUAUAUGUAUGUAUAUACAUAUAUGUGUAUGUUUAUUAUAGGAUAUGCUAUGCUAAGCAAUCACAAAAACAAAAGCAAAAAAAUCGAAAUUUGUGCAUUAUUAUGUAUAAUUUGUAUGUGUACAGUAAAAGCAAUUUAGAAAUUUGCAAAAAAAAAAAAACAAAAAAAUUAAAAUGAAAAUGAAGCAGCAACAAUGUAAAGCUAUAUAUUUUUACAUGCAAAUAAUUUGUUUAUAAAUUGAUUUUCUUUAUGUUUAUUUUCGGUUCAUAUUUGUUUCGAUUUUCGAUCUUAAUUAACGCAUACAUAUAAUACAUAUAAGAAAUAUUCACAAUAUAAGAAUUCAUAACCAUGUAUAUAUAUAUACAAAGCACACAUACAUAUGUUUAUAUGUACACUGAUGUACGCACAGAAACGCACGCAACCAACUAGCACUAGCAUCUGGGCACACACGUACACACACACACUACUUGUGUUCCCGCUGCAGUCAAACAAAUUCAACGUAAAGUUAAAAACAAUUACGCUUAUUUUAUGUUAUAAGAACCCCUUUUUUAUUUUUUUAAAGCAAAGCUUUCUUUUUCAUAUAAACAACACGAAAAAAUACAAAAAAACAAUGAAAACAAAAAUGAAAAAUGCAAUACAAAAAUAAUAUAUAAAAAAGGAAAUAUAUAAGAAAAAUUUAUCAACCAAAACUACAUGGCUUUAAUUACAACCAAAAAAAAGAGUAAGAAAAGCGAAAAUCAGCAAGAAAUUUAAUAUACUUUGUCGUACCACUUUGAGCGGCGCGCGAGAGCGUGCAAGCAACAAAUUGUUGCUUACACUUUGGGGGCUUGAAAUAAGCGUGAUUGUGUCUUGACGACUUCUUCUGCUAAGAAGUGAGCAAAACUCCACACAAUAAACCAAUUGCAUCAAGUAGCCAGAGCAAAAUCAAAGGGUUCCAAGUGUCUGUUAUGAGUCUUCAUGUAAUUGCAGACGAGCAAAAUAAAUUCUUUUGAAUAUUUCAUAAA